GACGGCGGGUAUGACGAGACGGAUAGCGACCGCUUUAUGAUCGGGUCGUUCCCGAAGGGCUUCGGGUAUCCCGAAGACGACAAUGACAUCCAAUCCAAUGAUGUGACCGAUAGGGCGCUCACCGGCGAAGUCAAGCCCCGCAUACUUAUCAUGGGUUUGAGACGGUAUGUGACACUAUGUGACGGCGGAUAUGACGAGACGGAUAGCGACCGCUUUAUGAUCGGGUCGUUCCCGAAGGGCUUCGGGUAUCCCGAAGACGACAACGACAUCCAAUCCAAUGAUGUGACCGAUAGGGCGCUCACCGGCGAAGUCAAGCCCCGCAUACUUAUCAUGGGUUUGAGACGGAGUGGCAAGUCUUCGAUACAGAAAGUGGUUUUCCAUAAGAUGUCACCCAAUGAGACACUAUUCCUCGAGAGCACUAAUAAGAUCGUCAAAGACGACAUAAGCAACAGUUCGUUCGUGUCGUUCACAAUAUGGGACUUUCCCGGACAGAUCGACUUCUUUGACUCCACUUUUGACUCGGAGAACAUCUUCGGCGGAUGCGGUGCUCUUGUCUUUGUGAUCGACGCACAGGAUGACUAUAUGGAAGCGCUGUCUAAACUGCACCAUACGGUGAAAAAGGCCCAUCAGGUGAACGCAGACAUUAAGUUUGAAGUAUUCAUUCAUAAAGUGGACGGACUGUCCGACGACCAUAAGAUUGAAACCCAAAGAGAUAUCCAUCAAAGAGCUAAUGAGGAUCUGAUGGACAGCGGAGACGAGAAUAUUCUUCUCAGUUUCUAUUUGACAUCCAUUUACGAUCACUCGAUAUUCGAAGCGUUUUCCAAAGUGGUCCAGAAGUUGAUCCCACAGUUGCCAACACUGGAAAAUCUACUCAAUAUAUUCAUUACGGUAUUUGAUUUGAUA